UUGCUCCAAAGCACGGACGAGCGAAAAAGAGUUUGUGUGGGUGCGGUAGACAGGAGGCAGGAAUCGCGGUAAUCAUCACCGACCAGACCAAUUCCCCGUCCGCUCGCCACCGGCUUCAUUUCGCUUAUUUAACGCGCGGGUGCAGAUCUGUGGCCGUAGAAAAGUCAGUUGUCUUUUGAGCGUUGCCCGAUCGUCGACGUCGGUUUUCGUUCGCGGAUACUCUGCUUCAUAGUCACCCACGGAAUUUCCAACGGUUACUACGAGUUAAACCAUUUCCAGGGUGCUGUCUAACUUCUGAGGAAAACAUACCCGGAGAGAAAGAAUGUCGUCGGGUGCUCAAGUGCAACGGUUUAUUCAGCAUGGAGCCCACAAGGGAAAAGGUAUCGCCGUUUUCACCAGCGGAGGUGACUCCCAAGGCAUGAAUGCGGCUGUCCGAGCCGUCGUUCGGAUGGGCAUUUACGUCGGAUGCAAGGUCUACUUCAUUCGCGAGGGCUACCAGGGCAUGGUGGACGGUGGAGACAAUAUAGUCGAAACGAAUUGGUCCUCCGUGUCGAGCAUCAUCCACCGCGGUGGAACCGUCAUCGGGUCGGCCCGCUGCAAGGACUUCCGUGAACGUGCCGGGCGACUGCAGGCGGCCCACAAUCUGGUGUCGCGUGGAAUUACGAAUCUGGUGGUGAUCGGUGGUGACGGUUCCCUUACCGGAGCCAAUCUGUUCCGCCAGGAAUGGGGCAGCUUGCUGGACGAGUUGCUGGCCAGCAAUCGUAUCACGCAGGACCAGCGGAUCAAGUACAAGAGUCUGCACAUCGCCGGUAUGGUCGGUUCGAUCGACAAUGAUUUCUGCGGCACGGACAUGACCAUUGGCACCGAUUCCGCGCUGCAUCGCAUCAUCGAGGCGAUCGAUGCGAUCGUCAGCACGGCCUACUCCCACCAGCGUACCUUCAUCAUGGAAGUGAUGGGGCGGCACUGCGGUUACCUGGCCAUAAUGGCUGCUUUAGCUAGCGAGGCGGACUAUGUGUUCAUUCCGGAAGAUCCAGUAGUGCAUAAUUGGCCAGAAAAAUUGUGUAAGAAAAUCCUACAGGAGCGAUCGGCGGGUCAGCGUUUGAACAUCAUCAUCGUGUCGGAAGGUGCGAUCGAUCGCGAUGGCAACCCGAUUACGGCGGAAAAGGUGAAACAGGUCGUAGUGGAUCGGUUGCAGCAGGACACGCGCAUCACCGUGCUCGGUCACGUGCAGCGCGGCGGCAACCCGAGCGCGUUCGAUCGUGUGCUGGGCUGCCGAAUGGGUGCCGAGGCGGUGCUGGCCCUGAUGGAGGCGGACGACAAGACGGAACCGUGCGUGGUGUCACUGGACGGCAAUCAGGCGGUGCGCGUGCCGCUGAUGGAGUGCGUCGAGCGGACGAAAUCGGUUGCCCAGGCCAUGGCGGACAAGAACUGGGAGCUGGCCGUGAACCUACGGGGCCGCUCGUUUGCACGCAACCUGGAAACGUACAAGAUGCUGACGCGCCUGAAGCCACCGAAGAGUGCGUUCGAUGAGCAGGGCCGCGGGGUCGGUGGGUACACGAUGGCCGUGAUGCACAUCGGUGCCCCGGCCUGUGGCAUGAAUGCGGCGGUGCGUUCGUUCGUGCGCAACUGCAUCUACCGCGGUGACACGGUGAUGGGCGUCCACGACGGUAUCGAGGGUCUGGUCGGGGGCCAGAUCAAGAAGAUGGAGUGGUCCGACGUAACCGGCUGGGUCGGCCAGGGUGGAGCGUUCCUCGGCACCAAGCGUACGCUGCCGGAGGGCAAGUUCAAGGAGAUCGCGGCCCGGCUGAAGGAGUUCAACAUUCAGGCCCUGCUGAUCAUCGGUGGCUUCGAGGCGUACCAUGCGGCGGGCCAGCUGACCGACCAGCGGGACAACUUCAAGGAGUUCUGCAUCCCGCUCGUCGUCGUACCGUCGACUAUCUCGAACAACGUGCCCGGAACGGAGUUUUCGCUCGGCGCGGACACUGGGCUGAACGAGAUCACGGAGAUCUGCGAUCGGAUCCGCCAGUCGGCGCAGGGCACGAAGCGCCGCGUGUUCGUGAUCGAAACGAUGGGCGGCUACUGUGGCUAUCUGGCCACGCUGGCCGGUUUGGCCGGCGGUGCGGACGCGGCCUACAUCUACGAGGAAAAGUUCACGAUCAAGGACCUGCAGCAGGACGUGUACCACAUGGCGUCGAAGAUGAGCGAGGGCGUGCAGCGCGGUCUGAUCCUGCGCAACGAGAAAGCGUCGGACAACUACAACACCGAGUUCAUCUACCGGCUGUACUCGGAGGAGGGGAAAGGCCUGUUCUCGACGCGCUCGAACGUGCUCGGCCACAUGCAGCAGGGCGGUUCGCCGACCCCGUUCGAUCGCAACAUGGGCACCAAGAUGGCGGCCAAGUGCGUGGAGUGGUUGGUGGAGCAGCUGAAGGCCAACACAAAGCCGGACGGUUCCAUUCUCGCCAAAGGGGCCGAAUCCGCCUGCCUGCUCGGCCUGGUCCGCCGGCAGUACAAGUUUACGCCGCUCAAGGAGCUGAUUGGCGAAACUAACUUCGAGCAACGCAUCCCCCGGCACCAGUGGUGGCUGAAGUUGCGCCCCUUGCUGCGGAUUCUGGCAAAACACGAUUCCACGUACGAGGAGGAGGGCUUGUACAUUACGGUCGAGGAGGAAAUGUCUACCGAUUCGCCGUGUGCCUAAGGAGACCGACUGCUUCCAGCGAGCUCCUUAGUUUUCUUAGAAACGCUAAUUCUAUCCUCAACAACAGUCCAAAGAACCUGAUGCCCUGAUGACCGCACAUUCAUCAUUCAUUCGUUCGUUAGCGAAUUCGGAGAGAGAGACACGUCAUACCAGAAGUCUCUUCAAAAGCGUUACUCUCAAACCGUUAAAAAUUAGGAUCUUAGCUCAAUUUACCGUUACUUAGCUACUUACCACCAUCCCCCCAAGAAAAAGGCCAGCCAAGUGUUAAUGCGUCCCACUCUUUUCGUUGUUGUUGUUUCAUUUUAUGUUUUAAACAAAGUAUUUAUUGUUUGUAUCGGCGACGAAAAAGACCCAGAUCGGAGUUGAAGGAGUUCCGUGUGCCAUCGUUCCGCAUCCGUUGGGAGUGUGUCGUACUCAUAUUCUUCGCAAGCUUUCGCUCGUACGAAAAGUAUUAUUAGCCAUCCUUAAACAACCACUUCGCCGACGACACAACCCAUUGAGAAUCGUGCAAUCGUUAUCAGUACCAGCACCCGACCGACAGUACACGAGCGCACCACAUUCACAAGCUGUUAAUCAAAACCGUACUAACGAACGAUGGCCGGAUCGGCCUUAACAUCUGGAAGACUCGCAGAAAGCUAUCGUAUUGCGCCACCGGCAAGAAGGAGGUCCUCUCGACCGAUCGUCGAUCGUCUAUUAUCUAUCUCGCUUCUGGUGGAUGCGAUGAACGUUAAAGAUAUGAAUAUGGAAAGCUAAUAAAAUCUGAAUUUAUCAUCGUUGUGCAAA